CGAAAUGGGAUAUUUCGCUCGGAAUUAUAAGUCAGAAAAGAAACCUGUUAAGGAACAGAAGGCUCUAUCAAAUAAUGACAAGUCCAAGAAUGUUAGUUACGCCAAUGCAGAGUAUGAGGAUGAUUCUUGGGACCAAAAAGAGUUGGUGUAUAUCUUCCAGACACCCCAGCAUCAAUCAUACAUUAAGGACUAUAAGGAGACUAAGCAAAAGCAAUCUGAAUCGGAAAAAGAGAAUGCUUUGCUAAAGAAGACCCCAAAAGUACCACCCACUUUCGAAACCCCGGAUCAAAAGGACUCUAUGGAUAUUACGGUAAAUUUUCCAAUUGAAUCCAAGAUAGUAGUCGUAACUUUCAAUAGUGGCAGAUCAAAGACCCUUGGCAUCGUAGAAAAUAUAAAGAUCAUGUUACAAGGCAUAGUUAUUCCAAUUGACCUACAAGUUAUAAAAUCUAUGAAUGAGACUCUCUUACUUGGAACAGAUUGGUUUGCCAAGUCUUGUACCACCCUGAAUUUCGGAAAUCAUACCUUGCAUAUUAAAUAUGCAGGUAAGCAGGCCACCAUCAACACUACCCAUACUAGCACCACCCUACUAUUUCCCAUCAAAGAUACAGAUGAGAAGGAUGAUGAUCAGUGGAGACCUUUUUUCUCUGAUGAAGCCACAAUGGACUUCGAAGAUUGGUUAUUUUAUAAUCCUUGGGAAAAUGAGGUUAGCCCAGCCAUAUGUUUGGUAGAAACAAUAGAUGGCAUGCACCAACCAGAAACCCCACCCAAUUAUAAUAUUGGCCAAGAAGUUACUCCACGGCAAAAAGAAGCAGCCUAUAAGUUGUUGCUUCAGAACCACGAA